UCUUGGGAUGUAGACACUAGUAGCGUGAUUUAAAGUGUAAGAAGGUAGUCACUCCUCACUGGGGUUUAACAGAAAACACAAGGGAAAGGCUGUAAGUUUAGCCCAGGCCAGGAAGGAGGCCCCCGGAAAGUAGUGGAGUACUUGCUUUGUGUGUGUGAAAACAGUAGCUGAGGGUUUUUUUUUUCUCCAGCGGGCUGUAAUUUGACUGUUCUCUUUGGCUUCGCUCCAGAGCCAAGUCCAAGUGGUUAAUCUCCCGCUCCGGGGGGAAGUCAGCUGCAGCCGGAGGCCGGGCCGGGCCGAGCCGAGCCGGGCCUCCCUGGGGAGGGGCUGAGCCCGCGGGCAGAGCUGCGGCUGGAGGAGGGGGAGUUUUACAAGCCGCCCCGGCCGCACGGGAGGAGCAGGAAGUUUGGAGAAUAAGCUGCUGCCCCAGAGCCGGAGCGGAGCGGCAGGAGCCGCCAGAGGACAAGGCGCUGCGGGUUGGGCGACUGCUGGAGACCAGCGCUCUCCGCCCCCGGGUAUAAACACUCGGGGUGUGCGGGGCUGACUGGGGGACGCCCAUCAGCAGCGGCUGGGAGCUGCCGCCGGCAUCCCGGGGAAAGGGAGCGAGCGCUUUGUGCUGCGGAGCUGGUCUCCUCCUCCACUGAUGCAAGCCCCCAGGUUUCACUAAGCUGGUCUCAGCUGAGAUGCCAGAUAAAACACCAGGGGGUUCAGAAACCAUCCCCAGGAAUGAAGAUGACUACCAAUUGCCUCUUGAUGUCUUACCUGCUGUGACAGAGGGUCCUGGCCCCAGGACAACAAAGGAAGACUUGUGCAGGGGGAACAGACCUUUCCGCUACUGUGGAAUAAAUACCAUGGAACUGUCAGACAGCGACCGUCCUGUCAGCUUUAGUUCCACAUCCUCCUCUGUCUCCUCCAGGGACAGCCACGGUUCCUUUGGCAGCAGAAUGACCUUAGUUUCAAACAACCAUUUGGGUUUGUUUAACCAGGAUAAGGAAGCAGGGGCCAUAAAACUAGAGCUGAUUCCAGCCAGGCGAUUUUCCAGCAAUGAGCUACAAAGAUGUAACCCCACAGAGCAACAGAACACCAAGGAAAGUCUUGAAAAAAGGCCAAAUAUGCCAAGGAAAGCUGAAUCUAAGGGAAUGAACAAAAACUGUGCUAUGUCCUUGGUCACAGAGCCCACAAGUCCAAAGCUCUUCUAUGUUGACAGAGUUGUCCAAGAAAUUCUGGAGACUGAGAGGACGUAUGUGCAGGAUUUAAAGAGCAUUGUAAAGGACUACCUUGAUUGCAUCACUGACCAAUCCAAGCUCUCCCUGGGGACAGAAGAACGAUCAGCCCUGUUUGGAAACAUACAAGAUAUCUACCAUUUCAACAGCGAACUUUUGCAAGAUCUGGAAAACUGUGAAAAUGACCCUGUGGCUAUUGCAGAAUGUUUUGUUUCAAAGAGUGAAGAUUUUCACAUAUAUACUCAGUACUGCACCAAUUAUCCAAGAUCAGUGGCUGUGCUAACAGAGUGCAUGAGGAACAAGACACUGGCCAAGUUCUUCAGAGAACGGCAAGAAGCUUUACAACACUCUCUCCCCUUGGGAUCAUAUCUCUUAAAACCUGUCCAACGAAUCUUAAAGUACCACCUGCUUUUGCAUGAAAUAGAAAACCACCUUGACAAGGACACUGAGGGUUAUGAUGUGGUGCUAGAUGCCAUAGAUACAAUGCAGAGAGUGGCAUGGCAUAUUAAUGACAUGAAGAGGAAACAUGAACAUGCUAUCAGGCUGCAGGAGAUACAAAGUUUACUCACUAACUGGAAAGGGCCAGAUCUCACUAGCUAUGGGGAGCUGGUUUUAGAAGGAACAUUCCGUAUUCAACGAGCCAAAAAUGAGCGCACUUUGUUCCUCUUUGACAAACUGCUGCUUAUUACAAAGAAGAGAGAAGAAAUGUUUACAUACAAAGCUCAUAUAUUGUGUGGCAAUCUCAUGCUUGUUGAAGUAAUACCAAAGGAACCACUUAGCUUUAGUGUCUUCCACUACAAAAACCCCAAGAUGCAGCACACCGUGCAGGCUAAAUCACAGCAAGAUAAACGCCUUUGGAUUCUUCACUUGAAGAGAUUAAUUCUAGAAAAUCACCCUGCUAAAAUUCCUGCUAAGGCCAAGCAGGCAAUUCUAGAAAUGGAUGCAAUACAUCAUCCAGGAUUCCACUAUACACCGGAGGGAGAAAUGAAAGCAUCAUAUAAUUCUAAAGAAGGUCUUACCCCACGGAGGGUGAGAAGGAAGUCAGAACCUUCGUCUAGAGUCCAUAAAGUUAUGAAGCCAAGCGAAAUAAGUCCAGAGAUGCACAAGCGGAGCAGUAUUGAAGGAGCCCUGCUUUCUCAGGCUGCCAAACUGGGAUCAAGUGAAGCCCUGCUCAGUUCUAGGAAAAAAGGUUCAUUGAAUCUCAGUGGGCUUGUGAAUGAAUUUCAAGGGUCCAUUGAACCAGCCUACAGCAGUGAUCAAGAUGAAAAUCUCCACCCAUGUGCUACAGAACAGAUAGAUGCUGAUGAUGAGGAAGAGUGUGAACAGGGCGCACAAAAAAAUUCACAGCAAAAACCAAAAGGAGGUAGAAAAAGACUUAAUAGCCAAGCUGCUGAAAAUGUCGAAAAACGAAGAAGUGUUAAUCUCAACAAAUGUGAAAUGCAGAGCUCCAAAGAUCCUUCAGAUGAAGAAUCUACCCAGGUGAAUACAGACCUUUCCUUUUCCUGUUCUGCUAGGCAGCCAUCUAGACAGUUUAGCGCACCACAGAACAACUCACUAAUCAUGGAUAUCCUGGCGGGAACUACCACUGUGAGAAACAUCUGGACUGACCAUCAGAUCAGACAAGCCUUGUUUCCCAGUAGACGGCCACCUCAGGAGAAUGAAGAUGAUGAAGAUGAUUAUCAGAUGUUUGUACCAUCAGUAUCUACAUCCAAUUCAAGUUCAAUUGUGUGUGAAGAGAGGGGCACUUCAGGUCGUCCAUGCAGUUGGCAUGUGGGAUUAAUUAAUCAAAACGAGAUCUCCGGCUCCAGUCAUCAUAGAAUUGUUAGACGGGCCAGUAGUGCUGGAGAAAGUAACUCUUGCCCAAAUAAUGCAAGACAUAGAGGCAAUGACUUUGUCCAGCACAGUUCCCGAAGGGAAGUGAAAAGUAGUUCUAGAACUGAUGUGGGCAAUAUCAGUCCUUACCCAGAAUCUUCAGAAGAGCUGACCAUUGAUGAUAUAGAGCAUGUCUAUGAUAAUAUAAGUUAUGAAGAUUUAAAACUGAUGGGUCUGACUAGAAGGAAAGAGUCUGGUCAUGGUCCCCAAAGAUCUGCUAGAGACUCUCUCCACAAAAGCCAAAACAAAAGCAGCUUGGUGGAAGCAGCCUCUGAAAAAAGGCAGGCAAAUCAAAAUAGGACCUCCAUUCUUGCUAGUAAAGAUGAAAUCCUACUCAGAAGAGAGGCACCAACUUUAAGUUCACAUGAGCUCAGGAUUGUUGAGGAGAACAUCUAUGACACCAUAGUGCUUCCAGAACCACCACUCUUGAAUUUCAAAUGCAACCGUCUUAAAUGUUCUAAAAGGAGGAGUUUUUUGGGCCUGGAAACAGACUUUGCAUGUUGUGAUAAUCUAAGGCAGUUUGUUUCUGAAGAGAGUCUCCAGUUCAGUGAAGAUGAAAGUCCAUAUCAUCAUGUUCCUUUAGAUAAUGACUAUUUGAGCUUAGUAGAUAGCUCCUCCAACUCUGAUUCACUCUCCCACAAGUCUGCAGCUGAUAAACUAUCUGAAGAAGUAGAUGAGAUCUGGAAUGACCUGGAGAAUUACAUCAAGAAGAAUGAAGAAAAGACAAGAGACCACGUCCUGGCAGCCUUUCCUGUUUGUAAAGAUGAUAUGCAGGAAAGACUCCAUGUUGGAAGUACUCCUGAACUGAGUAAAGAUGUGGAAUAUUCACUUUCCACACACUCAUUGCCAGAAAGGCCUGUUUUCCCUAAAACUUUGAAACACAGGGUAGCCAGAUUAAGUGAGGCCAGUCUCAGAUUUGAUGAAGCAACAUCAUCUAAAGAUAAUUCAUUUCUGAGUCUUAACAGAUCUUCCUUCUCCAGUGAAUUGCCUUUUAUAGACAGCCCUUAUGAAUCUGCCAAUAGUAUUCUAUCCAAUCCACAUACAGAGAGCACUGACCAUGAAAUGGAUAUUGUGGAUAAAACAAAAAACAGAGUCUUUAUGAUGGCAAGGCAAUACAGUCAAAAAAUUAAGAAGGCCAAUCAACUUUUGAAGGUAAAAAGUCCAGAGCAGGAACAGCCAUCCAGCCAGCAACAGAAACUGAGGCACAAAGAUCUUGCAGCCAUUUUGGAGGAGAAGAAACAAGGUGGUCCUGCCAUUGGUGCCAGAAUUGCUGAAUAUUCCCAGCUUUAUGACCAGAUUGUUUUUAGAGAGACUUCACCCAAAAUGCAAAAGGAUACUUGGGCCACUCCUCAGAAACCAUCAGCCUUAAGAUAUUCAUCCCCAGUGUCAAUAUCUCCUUCUCAUUCUCAGUUAGCUAGUGAAUGCUUAAGGGCAGAGGAUUGGCUUUUGCAUUCUACGUACAGUAAUGGAGAACUAGCUGAUUUCUCUCCCUGGCCCGAAGUCCAAGAUCUGAAGUCAAAGAGCUCCUCUGUAGAGAGCGGUACAAAAAGCAAUCCAAGACAAUUGCCAUCAGCCUGCUCAGUGCCUUCCCUUCAGAUUUCUACACAGCUGCAUGUCCCAGAACAAAGGUGGAGUGCUAUUAUUAGUCAGCCUAACAAAGAGAAUUUACACCAAGAUCACAUUUAUAACUCAUUAGGAAAGAAAGCAAAUCAUACAAAAUCACAAGCAUACAGCAGGUCACAGUCCUCCUCCUCAAUUGUGGUCAACCGGUCUGAGGAACCAAUAACUUAUCUAAAUGAAAUGGACAAGAAACAGCUGUACUCAAAUAGAAACUUUAGAUCUGACAGCCAGGAGUCUGUGCCAAAUGCUGCUUCAGGAUUCACAGUAUGUGAUGUCAUGAAGCAGUUCCCUGAAAACUGUUCAGAGAUGAUUCUUCAAGACUCUCAAAAAAUUCUGAGAGUGAACUCGCCGCUAAAUGCACAAAUAGCUACGCAGAACUAUUUUUCUAAUUUCAAAGAUACUGCAGAAGGAGAAGAGGAUGAUGACGACUAUGUUGAAAUAAAGUCUGAAGAUGAGCGGUCUGACUUAGAGACUUCCCAGAACCAAACAAAGAAAUCAGACCCAAAGAUAAACAAUGUAGACUCUGCUUCUUCGGAGACUCUCUGUAGCAAAAGCAUGUCUUGUACUCCUGGAAAACCAGUGAAUAGCAAACUUGCCCUUACCCCAUACCUGACUGCAUACAAUGAUUCAGAUAAACUGAAUGACUACCUGUGGAGUGUUCCAUCUCCUAAUCAGCAGAAUAUUGUCCAGUCUUUAAGGGAAAAGUUUCAGUGUCUUAGCUCAAGUAGUUUUGCUUGACACGUUCAAUAAUUUCUAAUUGUACUGCCUUAACAUGUCAGAGUAUACAUUAGUACAACCAAUACUGGCAUCCUGUGUUUUAAUAAUGUGUAGACAUUGAGCACUGUGUCACAGUAAUAUUAGGAAAUGUAGAUGUGCAAUGUACCUUUUUUACAGUACAGAAAGUUAAAGUGGCCAGGUGUGCACUGUCUGGGAUUAAGAUCUACUUGUAUCUUUAUAAUGCAGACUAAUUUCUCCUAAUCUGUCUCAUUUAACUUUACAUAUAUUUUACAUCUCCCUUCUUUCUCCUGUCUCUCCAUGUGGAAAUCUUAGUAUUCAGACUGUUGGAAGGUAGCCAAUGCUGAGUCCAAAAAUGCAUGUACAAUUACUGUAAUUGCACAUGUGAGUGCUGAGUUGAGCAUAUAGCCAUCUGACUACGCAAAUACCAGAUUUCUGAGCACACUUGGGGGAAUUGCACCAACAAACUCGGUGUGCAGUUGCACACACAUUUUUGCACAUGAUCUUUUGAAAAUCAGGCUCCAGGUCUGUGGGACCAAUGCAUAAAACACAAUAUAUACGACUACUGUAGAAAAUAGAAUUAUUACAUUUUAAAUAAAUUUGCUUGUGAAUGGUGCCAGAUUGAUAACCCUGGGGUCUGAAGACAUUAUCCUUACUAUAGCUCCAUAACAGCUAAAGCACAGGCAAUGGCAUCUUCCCCUGUACCAGCCUGGCAGAGUGCCUCUGUCCUGUCCUGGAGCUUAUUAGCUUUAGGAAAUGAGAGGGUAAUUCAGUUUCUAGGCCAAUUCAAUGUUUGAGCUUGUGGAGACUGCAAAUACCUAUUGUGAUUGUGGUAUUUAUAACAUGGACACCUUUCUAUUAAGAACAAGACCAUCAGCAGCAGAUAAAUGUAAGUUGUAGGUGAAAGCUCUUGGCUUUUCUAGUAUUUGUAAGAUGGCGGGUUCCUUUGGCUACAUUUAUAGGUCUUGUCAUUAAAUACCAAAUGCUAAUGAUGGGGCUUCUUGCAAUCUGAUCCUCUUAGUUCUGAACAUACUGUAGUUCUCAAAAUGUCCAUUGUCAACCUAAUUUAAUGUAAAAGAUAAAAAUGGUUGUGCUAUCUACAUUAGAAAUGAGGUGGUAUCUUCAUACACUUUCGUUAUUACCAAUAAUGUAUGGCCGCUAAGAAGACUUUUUUUUUAAAGACCCUCUGUAUUUUUCUUUAUAAGAGUAGUAUCAUUUCUGUCUUGAAUAUCAGAAAAGUUAAAGGAAGCAAAAUAAAAUAGCAAAUGUGUUUAUGUCAAAAGUCGUUAGCUCGUAUCAUCUUAAGGCAAGAAAUACCUUAAGGUUGAGUUGACAUUGACUUUGAGGGCCUAAUUCAACUCUCAUUAAAGUCAUAAUCCUCAAUUUUUGACAUUACUUUUUGGUUAGCAGCCAUCUGUGAACAAACAGGAGAACAGGUCAUGUAAGACCAAAGUUCCUGUUACAUACAUAUAAGUAAAAGGAGUUGGAAGAAAAAUUGAGAGGGUAUGAUGCAUUGCCAAUUAUUUUCCUAAAGAGAGAGUUUUUCAAACUUUUCACUAAAGUAUCAGCUUCUCUGUCAGGGAAGAAUGUGGAAAGAUCUUUCUCUCUCUCACUUUCUCUCAAGUCAGUAAGAGAGACCUGACUUUAAAAUAUUCUCCGAUACCUUUUGUUGGUCCAGGUUUUCCACUACCUUUAGAAAUAAAAUGACCUAUACAGUGAUGGGGAUGAAAAUGUUCAUUUGUCAUACAGACCAAAAUGGAAUAUCUGUGAUUAAAUAGGGGAUGAGGAUGGCAUCUUGACCUCUUAUAAGCAUAAUUCUCAAUGUUUGAUCUAAUUCCAAAAUAGGGUGUGUGUGUGGGUGUGAUUUUUCCCAAAUCUCAUUAUUCAUUCCUAGCUUUUCUCCCAUGCCAGCAGGACAGAUAAUGAAUGUCAUCUUGUACAAUUUCAGAGAACAAUCACUCCUCCCUUCACACAAAAUAGCUUUUUUCCUCUCUUAAUCUCCUCUCUUCUUUUCCUGGCAAGAUUUAUCCCAUUUCCCUCUCUUUCUGAUCACAUAAAUCAUGCAAUGCUUUUGUUUUUAAAGCGGCUAAAAAUGCUAAUGAACCAUUCCUGUUCAGUUGGCGUACCUGAAAACCCUGGAGAUGGCACCCUAGCUGGAAAAGGAGACCAGCCUGACUUUAGCCAUUAGGAAUCAAAUUGAGCUUCCCAGAGAGGAAAAAAUACCAGUGGAAGUACAAAUGUUUAAAAAUCUGCCCACACUUUUGAGGUGCUCCUGAUGGGAAAGCACAAACUACUUUUAUGUUACUUUAUCAGAUUCUCUUCAGGGCCUAUGCAGGAAAAAGUUAGUGUAGACAUUAGCUCAGAGCCCCCAGCAAUGACAAGGCUGCCAUGGAGGUGUGGUAGUGAACAAGACAUCUACAACCUCUAGAGUUGCCACCUCUGAGAUGCAGAAAAACUGGCCACUGCCCCCACCAGCCUGAUCCCCCACCCCUUCACCUUUCAGGUGCCCUCCCUGCACUCCACCCGUGGCCUGCCCCCAUCCUGUCUGGCUGGGAAGGAAGGUGGCUCUGGGCCCUGGUGAAAUCCAUAUGCAGCUGGUAGGGAAGGUGGCCCCACAAUAACAAACCCACUUGUCCCCUUUCUCCUAUCUAGAUGGAGGCUAGAGAGUCUGGUUGACCCAGAGCAUGCCACGAAGAAGGGGAAGGGAGCUGAGUCCUCCAAGGCAGGCCUAGGGGAAGUCUCUGCUGAGUAUUUCCUCCCCUUUUAGCCUCAGGGUGGGGGAGCAGCCCAUUAAAUCAUUUCACUGGCAAGGCUUGUUGAAAACUGGUCAGGUGGCAACCCUAACUUCCAUGUGCUGGGGCCUGCAGGAAAUUUGCUCAGCCCCAAAAUACGUGAUGCUGGCAGAGUAAAGGGGCUUGACCAGGGUGACUGAGGGAUGUGUUAAUUAAUACAUCCUUGCUGCAGGUCUGGCUAGUAGGAUGCUCCUUUAAUGCCUCUGACUGAACUUCAAGCUGCCCUUCCUGAUGGGGGUGAAUCUCCUAUAUAAGAAGUGUGAUCCUUGCUAUUGCACUUCCUGAACGAACAAGAGGUGAAUCUGGCUCUUUGUGUUUAGAAACAAUGGUUCAAAAACACAGCUUUCUUUUCGCUUCAGAAUACAUUCCAUUCUUUUGCAAAUGAUACAUAUUAUACUGGGUUCUAUUUAGCUCCCUUUAUUUUCUUUGUUGCACAGCUUUGGAUUCUAUUACUUGAAAACAUUGUACUUAAAAGAGAGCCUAAAUGUGUGUACUCUACAGCCAUGGAUAUAUCUUGUAUCUGUUUUUGUGGUGCUUUAAAUUUUUCAGAAGUAGGCGAAGUGAUACAAAGUUAAAAUAAGCAUGGUCUUAUUAAUGUUCUGUUUCCACUAAUAAUGCAUUACUUCCCUCAAUUACAAAGCACAGUAGUCCACCUAAUUAUUUUAGAAUUGUCAACUAUUACUGUAUAGGUUAUUCUGAGAUACAUCUGCAGUUGCCAGGGUAUAUUCAAUGACUUCUGUUUUGCUGAGAUGCGGAUUUCAGGAGUUGCUUAUUGAUUAUUUUGAACUGUCUACUACACAAGUCUUUGCAUUGCUAAAGAAUGUGUACUCUGGGGAUUUAUUUGAUCACUGUACCACAAGUUCCACUUUUGUUAUACACAAAGUCAUUUUUGUUAUAGUGGAUGUUCAAACAGUUUUGGAAUCUGCAUUUAGUAAAACACAGUUGAGGAAUAAUGUUGUACAUAUUUAAGAUACUGAAAUUUAGUAAUGCUGAUAUUUAUUUAAUAUAGCUUGUAAAGUAAUGUAAAUAUGAAUAGAAAUUAACAUUUGUGUGUUAACUAUAGCAUAUCUAGAUUUGUCUAAACUACUAGAAAUUCUGUUUUAACUUCAGAAGUUAAUGAAAUCUCAUGCAGUCAAUGGAACAAAAUGGAGGGGAGUUAUAACAAUGUGUAACUGUUUCCAGAGAUCAAUUUCAUAUGAUUUUUAAUUUUGGAUACUUUAAUUAUUUUAGUUUGCUAUUGGCAUAUAGGCAGCUGAAAUUGACUAAAGGCUAAGCACUGGAAACAUUUUCGUUGGUAAAACAAGAUUAACAGCUUUCAGCUCUUCCAUGAAUAAAUGAGACCUGAAAAGAUAGAAAAAUAUUUCCUAGGCUCUACCGGUAGGAAGUUUGAGUUGUGUUGGCAGCUCCUGUUACAGUUUACAAAUAAAUAAAAUAAAAUGCCCAGUAACAGGAAUAAGAAAAGUCAGUAUCAACUGCAAAAUGUUGAUCCAUUAGGAUUAAGUGCAGUAUAAUUGUUCUUAUGGUGAUUUCCACCCAAAAAACAUGUUACAAAGACAUGAAAAUAAUGUCAAGAAAAAUCCAUAUUGAUUUAAUUCAAUACUUACUUGGUAAAUGCAUGGAGUUGGAGAUACUGUACAUAUCUCUGCAGAAAAACAUUUUUCUGCAUAUUUUCUCAGACUCUAUUAGACUUCACUCCACCAGACUCAAUUAGCUUGGUGCGAGCUUUCUUUGAUUGGUGGGGGAGGAGGGGAGAAGACGGGGCGAGGAAUUAAGAAGUUGUCUCACAGCAAAGGUUAAAAAGUUCAUUUUUUGAACAGAACAAAGCUGAUGUCAGAUUGUCAGAAUGUGAAUUAUCUGCAGCCUCAGGGCAACAAAAAUGUGAAUGGAAUAAACAUAGCAACAGUUCUAUAAUACAGGUGGUAAAAAUUGAUGGUUUUGUAGCAUUUGUCUUUCUGUUGUUGCUGUCCCAUAGAUGGUGGUCUCCUCCCUUUGCAAUAAACCCAUCUUUUUUUUAAAGCAAAUUUGUUUGAAAGAGAAUUUAUUUUAAUCCUGUAAUAUUGCUGGUAAAACUCUCAUAUGUUUCUGUAUUGUUUAAGCCUCUAUAUUUGUUGGUAGUUCCUGCACUAUGCUACCAGACAAAGAGUUAAAAAAUGACGUUACUUGUUCCAAGUUUAACUGUAUAGUUCUUAAUUUCUGCAUAUAUAUGUAAUAUCUUGUUCUGUGGAUAAGAGAUGGAACUUAUAUUGCACUUUUUAAUUACUUGUUUUGUAAAGAAUAUGUAAAAAUAUAUGUACAUGUAGAAAACUUCUUAAGAUAAGCUUUUCUCCAUUUUGUUUUGCUUAAAAGCUGAGUUUAAAGCAUGCCAAAACUAAGAAAAACAUGUAAGUAUGUACUGCUUAGAAAAAAAAGCAAUAAAUGCUAAAUUUGUUUGCAAAAAUCAA